AUGGCAAUUAUUUCAUCUGUAAUUGAUUAUCAAGUAGAAAAUUUUAAACAAAAUAUAAAUACACCAAAUAAUCCAUUUGCAUCGAAAUUAUUAAUUAAAGUUUGCAUUGAUUUCUUAUUACAACAUAUUAAUGAUAUAAAAGCACCAAUUUGUCUACGAUGUUUAACUAGUUUAGCUAAAAUUACACCUGGACUUUCAAUUUUAUUAGAAACAAGUAUUGAACGAUUUCGAACAUUUAUUAUAGAAAACAUCAAAGAUAGAAAAUCUCCGGAUUUAACAAUGGCUAUUUUGGAUUUUUUGAUUGUAUGUGUUAAUUCUCAACCAGCAUUACUUGGUUAUUUAUGUGAUAUAAAUACAACUUCAACAGCAACUUUUGGUAAUUCAACAAUUUUACAACCAAUUGUUGAAUUACUUCGAUGGAGUACAGAAAAUACGAAUGAUGUUGCUGCAAGUGAUUUAUUUAUUUUAACUGUAACAUUUAUAACACAAUUUUGGGAACAACAUACUCAAUUACUUGUAGAUUAUUUUGUUAAAAUAAAUGAUUUUUGGAAAAAUAUAUCAACACCAAUAUCAAAUACACGUGUACGCAUUGAAUUAAUGGAUACAGGUGAAAAACGUGCAGUAUCAGCUUCAUUUCGUUUACUUACUCAACAUUUACUAAAUUAUACUACUGAUCAAACUGGAAAUGACUUUUAUGAUAUAUUAAAUAAAUUAAUUACUAAUAAUUGUUUACUUCAUUGGAUUAAAGCUUGUCGAACAUUUUUUCAAGCAAAUAUUGAAAAUGAUAUGUUAAAUGAACAAUCAUUAUCAUUUUCUUUUUUUUCUUCAGUGAUCUAUUUUACAAAAGCACUUCUUUGUUUAAAUGUUAGUAUUUCAAGAUUUAUUCUAAUAGAAAGUCGAAUAAUUUGGAUAAUAUUAAGUAGCGAAUUACAUGAGUAAUUCAUUGUAAACAUUGUUUUUUUAACAAUCUAUUCAUUGACAAAUAAGUUGAAGAAACACAUACUCGGAAAGAAUUAAUAAACCUUUUAGAAGAUGAAUAUUAGAGAUCACUCGUUGUGUGAUCAUUCAUGGAGCAAGACAAAAUAUGUGCUAGAUAAAUUCAAAAGAGUUAUUGAGAUUUGUAGAGUAGCUUAAAAGUUACUUUGGCGUUGCCUUGGUUCUUUUGCAGACGAGCCAUCAUCGUCCUACAUUGUCAGAAAAAAAGGAGCUUUGAGAGGAGAAUUUUUUUGAAAAUUAUUCCAAGCAUUUAGGUUAAGCGAGUGCGAUCAUAAACGAUUGUACGUGCACAGAGGUCAUGUACAGUCUUUGUUUCGUUUUCAAUUUCUUCAUAUAC